AUGUCACCAUUAGCGGGCACGACUGUCUCCAGGAAAAAAUAUAUAACGAUCACUAUUGGGAAACCAGCUGAAGCGCUAGGCGAAAUUGGUGUUAGUGGUCCAUAUAAUCCCCGCAUGAACUUCAAGCAACCGAGCGAAGACUACAACAUUAGGAUUCCUCAAUCUAUAAGUCACAGUAGCCCACCUUACCGUCACCCAUGUUUCCCUCAUUGGGAUGUCAUGAUCAUCCCGGAAACCCCUGACCGCCCCACCAUAUGGACACGCCUGUCGCUGCACAAGGACAUUUCAUCUAGAUCUGAAAAUUACGAAUACACAUACAUCGAGCUCCACAGCCUCACGCUUGACCCGAACCUUGAACGGCGCGACAUACCCAUCAAGAAUGCAUGCUAUAAAGGUCGGCAGUACCUGAAAAUAUCCUUCAACUUCAGUCUCCCUGCCAAUAUAUUGUGGGACUGUGAUGAGGACUUCAGAUAUCUUCCUCGCUUCCACUUUCACCGUAGCUGCUUUUGCACAAAAUGUUUACAGUUGGAGCUGGAAGGAACCUUAACGUCGACAUCGUUUGACCAUGCGUUCCUGACGGUAACGGAUGUGGCGCUGAUUGGGAUGAGAGCUCGUGAUCGCCAUCUUCUGCUCAAAAUUGACGCUGGUUGGCAUCUGUACCAGGCCGGGCCCAUUGCGUGGAUAGAAGAAAAGAAUGUAACGUUCUAUGUUCUUUGA